AGCUCUAUGAGCAUAAACGAUCACAGUGAAGUACACAACAAUGCUGCAUAAUUAAAUGAUUUUCUUCUUAUAUCUUUUCUUUCUGCGAUAUAUAUUGCGAUAUGAAAAGAUACAGGACGGUAUUUCAAACAAGAGCAGCAAGUUUCUAAAGGGUUUAAAUAUGACUUAUUAACAUUUGAAUCAUACAGUUAUAAUUGAAUUAUUUUGAACUUUAAGUCUGUUUUAUCUAUUUUAUCUUAAGCCCGCACAAUGAGGGAAAAAAUGUGAUGGGCAAUACUGUUUUGGAUAUUAUGAUAAUGAUAUAAAGUGGGAUAAAUAAACUAAUACUAAAGAAUCUCACGUUUCUUGUGAAUUCAAAACAAAUCAAGCAUUUUAUACCAAUACAUUUGCAACAAUUACUCUGAGGCUAGCUGGUAGUUAGCUGGAGUUUCAUCUGGCUGCAUGAAAAUGAUGUGAGGGCAUGUAAAAUGUACACAUGCUGUGAAGUGCUUCUUUACAUGGAUACGUUUUCUAAUAUAUUGCAAUAAAUGAAGACGUCUGCGAUGGGUUCAUUAUGAAAGUUCAUGUUGCGGUUAACGAUAAAAUUGUGAUUCAUGGUGCAAUGAAUCUUGUGCUUUCUUGUACAUUUUCAAAUAACAAAUUUAGCAAUGACAGAGUUGUAAUCCGACCUGAGAACUCUGGAUUAUGAGCAUUAAAUAUAAAACAUUGAAUAUAGUUGUGUGCUAUUUUAACGCUGUCUUCUUUAAUUGAGUCAACAGUUUUCCUGUAAUUCCUUAGGGGGGAAAAAAGAUAGAGCGUCUGCAAUACUUCCUUUGUUCAGUUUGAAGCUUGUGUUUGUGUGUGUGAGCGUCUCUCUGUUCAUAUUUGACACUUAUCAGUGAGAGCCAGCUGCUGAACGCUCGCACACACACACACACACACACAGUGACUCGACCACAGUCGUCUGCUGAAGACACACAGCUCUAAAGUGAUCUGUCAUCAUGAAGGGCUUCCUCAGUCUGCUUCUCAUCUGCAUCUCAUCAGCAUCAGCAUGUCCUCACCUUUGCACCUGUAAUGGAAGCCAGGUGGACUGCAGCAGCAGAUCUCUCACCUCCUCCUCUCUGCCCACUCGUUUCCCUGCUGGAACCACCGAGCUCUACCUCCACAACAACGUGCUCACCCACCUUCCCAACGGGCUCCUGGACAACCUGCCCUCCCUGCGCCAAGUCUCCCUUCACAACAACUCCUGGGUGUGCGACUGUGGAGUCCUCUACCUGCGGGCCUGGCUCCUCAGUCAUCCUGCCGGCCUAAGGUCACACACGGGCGUGAACUGCAGCUCCCCACCCGACCUGAGAGGACGUCUGGUGGUGUAUCUGACCGAAGACGAGGUCCUGGAGUCCUGUCACUACUGGUACUGUGACCUGGCUCUUGUCUCUCAGGUGUGUCUCUUUGUGUUUGUGAUGGUGCAGGCGGCUCUGCUGGUGGCUCUUAUCGUGUUCCUGAGGAGGUUUGAGAGGCUCUCCAGAGAGGCGAGGAGGACCACGGAGGAGAGCUUCACAGCCGGGGAGGGUCAGAAGGAGAACUACUACAGCCCUCUAGAGGGCAGCAGCAUCUGAGAUGAAGCUGAGAUGUGUUUGGUUGUUAGAUUUAACUAAAGAAAAAGAGCAAUUAGUAAUUUAGACAGAUGAUUAGAUAGAAAAAGUUGCUCACAAGCUUUUCAAGUUUAAAUACAAUUCAAAUGACCUUUUAAUCCACAAGCAGGUUAGAUUAAAGCAAAAACAUGAGUGAACUAUUAGAGAAAUAGAAAAUGCAGAGAGCGUUUCUGGACAAUACUGAAGCUGUUCUGUUGGCUUUUGCUUUACUUUGUGAGCGUACUCGUGUGUGUAGACAACUGUAUACCCUACCCUUGUAGUAGACUUGUUAAUGAAGAUACGUGUAUAUCAUCUUUAAAAACAGUGAACACUUGAGCAUGCCUGAUAUUGGACUUUGAGGAGAUAGCAUUGUCAUCAUUUUAUAACCUCCCUGUUAUCAAAUAAUUCAUUAGGAUUGAUUAGGAACUUGAUAAGUAUAUCUUACAUUUGGCUAAGAAUCAUAACCAUCUAUAUGUGUACUGAGCAGGCCAGUCUAUAGUUUAGAAAAUGAACUUGUCAUUGAGGUUAAUUAAUUACCACAGAGAUAUUUCUGGCUAUUCUGUUCUGUAGUUAUCUUAUCAACCAUGUGCUAAAACGUAUACAUCUGUGUUUAGCUGAUAUCAGGUGAUAUAAUAUGCAUUCAUUUCACUCCCUCUCAUCAAACCCUUUUUUAAGUGGCAUUAUUACAUUAGGACACUCCAGUUUUUAAAUUAACUCUGAUAUGUCAAAAACAUGGACUGUCUCUGCCAAAAACAAUGUGGUUAACAAUAAAUCAUGUAGUUUUCCAAAGCUUUAGGGUUAAAACCAUCCAAUGGUAAUCCUUGUGUAUCACCUUGAACACCUGUGAAGUUAAAUAAUACUCUCACCUGAAGUCUGAAUAAGAAAUGGUUAUUUUUUUUCUUCUAUGUGCAUAUGAUGUCUGGAAGAUUCGUACAUUUUUCUACUUAAAGUUGAAGAUAUUUAAUCUUGAUAUGAAGUCGUGUAACUUUUUCAAUUUAUAUAUAUAGUCCAGUUUCGUCAGGGGAAAAAAUAAUGAAAUCAUUUUUGAUUAUGCCUUGUUUAUGUUAGACCUGAGUCAAAUGUUAUUGAGAAACUAAAUUUCUUUCACAUUGUAUGACUUUAAUGUUUAUUCCUUUUAACACAAUUGCAAAAGCAAAUUCUUACUUUAUAAAUCAAAUAAAACAAUAAAUCUAAUGGGAACAA